UCAACAAAGUGGUGCACGAUGAUGACUCCAGUUAUCGGGAGGAGCUGGAAGACAACGAGGAGGACGCCAGUUACUACACGGAAAGCAGCUUCAGGAGCCGUAGUACCUACAGCAGCACUCCAGAAAGUGAUAAAAUAGCUGUGGAGUACAGACCCAGUGAAGAGAUUGUAGAUGUCACAUGGGAAGAAGAACUACACGGUUUAAUUCAAGUAUGUGGAGAUAAAAAAUCAAAGAACCUGAAGAAAGAUGUAGCUCAGCGUUGGAGCCUUGCUGAGAUUGAUGGAAUUCCACACCAAUUAUCCAAGUCUGGGCAUCAGAAACAGACUUUGCAGGAUGAAUAUUCCAGUAUGGAUACAUUGUAUCCCAGCAGCCUGCCUCCAGAACUCAGGGUGAACUCAGAUGAGCCUCCAGGGCCCCCUGAGCAAGUUGGACUUUCUCAAUUCCAUCUAGAGCCUGAAACUCAAAAUCCAAAGAUGCUUGAAGACCUGCAGUCCUCUUUACUCCAGCAAGAUGCCCCAGGGCAGCUUCCACAGCUCCCUGAGGAGGAAGAACCUUCAACCCAAGAGGAGGCCCCAGCUCUGCCUCCAGCAUCCUCUAUGGAGAGUCUAACUCGACCGAAUCCUGAGGUGACAGUUCAACCCCCAGGUGAGGAUCAAUCUCUUUAUAACUUGCCUGGCAUUACAGUUAAACCUGCAGAUGUGGAGGUUCCCAUGACUCCAGAGGCUGAAAACGAGACAGAAUCUUCCCAAGCCCAGCAGGAGUCCCCAGGUCAGCCUCCAGAGGAGGUGGAACCUUCUGCAACCCAACAGGAGGCCCCAUCUGAGCCUCCAGGUCCUCCUGUGGAGCCUGAACUUCCCCCUAGUGAGCAGGAGCAGCCAGCUCAGCCUUCUGAGUCUUCUGGGGAGGUGGAAUCUUCUCCAGCCCAGCAGGAUACCCCAGCUCAGCCUCCAGAAGAGAUGGAGUCAUCUGCAAUCCAACAGGAGGCCCCAACUGAGCUUCCAGGUCCUCCUAUAGAGGCUGAACUUUCCCCCAGUGAGCAGGAGCAGCCAGCUCAGCCUUCUGAGUCUUCUGGGGAGGUUGAAUCUUCUCCAGCCCAGCAGAAGACCCCAGCUCAGCCUCCAGAAGAGAUGGAGUCAUCUGCAAUCCAACAGGAGGCCCCAACUGAGCUUCCAGGUCCUCCUAUAGAGGCUGAACUUUCCCCCAGUGAGCAGGAGCAGCCAGCUCAGCCUUCUGAGUCUUCUGGGGAGGUGGAAUCUUCUCCAGCCCAGCAGGAGACCCCAGCUCAGCCUCCAGAAGAGAUGGAGUCAUCUGCAAUCCAACAGGAGGCCCCAACUGAGCUUCCAGGUCCUCUUAUAGAGGCUGAACUUUCCCCCAGUGAGCAGGAGCAGCCAGCUCAGCCUUCUGAGUCUUCUGGGGAGGUGGAAUCUUCUCCAGCCCAGCAGGAGACCCCAGCUCAGCCUCCAGAAGAGAUGGAGUCAUCUGCAAUCCAACAGGAGGCCCCAACUGAGCUUCCAGGUCCUCCUAUAGAGGCUGAACUUUCCCCCAGUAAGCAGGAGCAGCCAGCUCAGCCUUCUGAGUCUUCUGGGGAGGUUGAAUCUUCUCCAGCCCAGCAGGAGACCCCAGCUCAGCCUCCAGAAGAGUUGGAGCCAUCUGCAAUCCAACAGGAGGCCCCAACUGAGUUUCCAGGUCCUCCUAUAGAGGCUGAACUUUCCCCCAGUGAGCAGGAGCAGCCAGCUCAGCCUUCUGAGUCUUCUGGGGAGGUGGAGUCUUCUCCAGCCCAGCAGGAGGCCCCAGCUCAGCCCUCAGAACAUCAUGAAGUCACAGUUUCACCUCCUGGUCACCAUCAAACUCAGCAUUCAGAUUUUCCCAAUGUCUCUGUUAAGCCUCCAGACACGCAGCUCACCAUAAUAGAGCCUAGUGCAGAGGUGGGAACUUCUCCAGUCCUCCAGGAGGCUACAGCUCAGCUCUCAGGGCCAGGUAAUGAUGCAGAACCUCCCGCCACUCAGCACGGGGGCCCACCUCUGCCUCCAGAGUCACUGGAAGAGGCUGGACCUUUAGCAAUUCAACAGGAGACUUCAGUUCAAUCUCCGGAACCUGUUAAUAGUGAGAACCCCUCUCCAACCCAGCAGGAGGCUGAAACUGAGCAUCUACAGACCGCUGAGGAGGGUGAGUCUUCUCUAACCCAGCAGGAGGCCCCAGCUGAGACUCCAGAGCUCCCUAAUGAAGUUGUAGCUCAACCUCCAGAGCAUUCAAACCUGAAUCAAGCCACAGUUCAACCUUUGGACCUGGGGCUUAGCAUCACGCCAGAGUCCGUGACAGAGGUUGAACUUUCUCCAACCAUGCAGGAGACCCCAACUCAGCCUCCUAAGAAAGUUGUAUCCCAACUUCCAGUACAUCAAGAGAUAACAGUUCCAACACCAGGUCAGGAUGAAGCUCAGCAUCCAGUGUCACCCAGCGUCACAGUUCAACCUUUGGACCCGGGGUUUAUCAUCACUCCAGAAUCCACAACAAAGGUUGAACUUUCUACUGUCCUGAUGACUAUAGCUCCUCCUGCAGAACACCCUGAGGUGACACUUCCACCUUCAGACCAGGUUCAGACUCAGCAUUCACACCUGACUCAAGCCAUGGUUCAACCUUUGGACCUAGGGCUUACCAUCAUUCCAGAAUCCACAACAGAGGUUGAACUUUCUCCAACCAUGCAGGAGACCCCAACUCAGUCUACUAAGAAAGUUGUACCCCAACUUCUAGUACAUCAAGAGGUAACAAUUCCAACACCAGGUCAGCAUGAAGCUCAGCAUCCAAUGUCACCCAGCGUCACAGUUCAACCUUUGGACCUGCGACUUACCAUCACUCCAGAACCCCCUGCGGAGGUUGAACUUUCUACAGCCCUGAUGACUACAGCUCCUCCUCCAGAACACCCUGAGGUGACACUUCCACCUUCAGACAAGGGUCAGGGUCAGCAUUCACACCUGACUCAAGUCACAGUUCAACCUCUGGCCCUGAAGCUUAACAUAACUACAAAACCUACUACAGAGGUUAAACCAUCUCCAACCACAGAGGAGACCUCGACUCAGCCUCCAGACCCAGGGCUUGCCAUAACUCCAGAGCCCAUUAUAGAGAUUGGACAUUCUUCAGCCCUGGAGAAGACUACAGCUUCUCAUCCAGACCAGGUUCAGACUCUGCAUCGAAGCCUGACUGAAGUCACAGGUCCACAUACUGAACUAGAACCUACUCAGGAUUCAUUGGUGCAGUCUGAAAGUCACACCCAAAAUAAGGCUUUAACUGCAUCAGAGGAACAGAAGGCCUCCACAAGCACCAACAUAUGUGAGCUCUGUACCUGCGGAAAUGAGACGCUGUCAUGUGUUAAUCUCGGCCCAAAGCAGAGGCUCCGCCAAGUGCCUGUGCCAGAGCCCAACACCUACAAUGGCACCUUCACCAUCUUAGAUUUCCACGGAAACUAUAUUUCUCACAUUGAUGGAAAUGUAUGGAAAGCAUACAGUUGGACCGAGAAACUAAUUCUCAGUGAAAAUUAUUUGACUGAAUUACAUAAGGAUUCAUUUGAAGGCCUGCUAUCCCUCCAGUAUUUAGAUUUAUCCUGCAAUAAAAUACAGUUUGUUGAAAGACAUACAUUUGAACCACUACCAUUUUUGCAAUAUCUAAAUCUUCGUUGCAAUUUACUCGCAGAACUGAGCUUUGGAACAUUUCAGGCCUGGCACGGAAUGCAGUUUUUACACAAGUUAAUUCUCAAUCGCAAUCCUCUGACAACUGUUGAAGAUCCGUAUCUCUUUAAAUUGCCGGCAUUAAAAUAUUUAGACAUGGGAAAAACACAAGUCCCACUUGCAACACUUAAGAACAUUCUCACGAUGACUAUUGAACUGGAAAAACUGAUCUUACCUAGCCAUAUGGCCUGCUGCCUCUGCCAAUUUAAAAACAGCAUUGAGGCUGUCUGCAAGACAGUCAAGCUGCAUUGCAACAGUACCUGUCUGACAAGCACCAUACAUUGUCAUGAAGAAGCAUCCAUAGGGAAUUCAGAAGGAGCGUUCAUGAAGGUGUUACAGGCCCGGAAGGAGCACACGAGCACUGAGCUGACUGUUGAGCCGGAGGCGCCCUCAGACAGCAGUGGCAUCAACUUGUCAGGCCUUGGGAGUGAGCAGCUAGACACCAAUGACGAGAGUGAGGUUAUCAGUGCACUAAGUUACAUCUUGCCUUAUUUCUCAGCAGGAAAUCUAGAUGCGGAAUCAAUGUUGUUACCAUUCAUGAAACUACUCUUUUCUAAUGCGCAAGAUGGAGAUAGGCCCCUGAGUAUAAGGGAAGAAAAAACUGCCAUGCUUAUGCAGACCAGCCUUCUAGGUAAGAAAUUUAAAGGCCAAAUAUUUGAGAAGAAAUCAGAAAGUAUCCAACCACAGGAAAAGAGCCUGAUAAAGAUUCAAAGUGUAGGCAACAACCUGCAGAGAGUGAACAGAGUCCUCACGGGCCCAAUGAGCAUCCAGAAAAGGCACUUCAAAGAGGUGGGAAAGCCGAGCACCAGGAGGGAGGAGGGUGCACAGGCAUUUGUGGAGAACGCUGCCCAAGAAAAAAGGCUCAGGAGCCCAGUCCCAGGGGAGCUGGAACAGCCUCACAUAGAGAAGUUAGCAGGAAAUGCCAUCUACAUGAAGCCUUCAUUCACCCAAGAGCGUAAGGCGGCAGUCUCCUCUGUGCUGAAACGCUUCUUCAUGGGCGAGCCUUCUGCUUCCAUCCCUGCAAAAGCCCUACCUCAGGUCAGAGAUAGAUCAAAAGACUCAACAUACAGUAUUUUAAUUUUAGAAAAUGCAGAGGCUAGAGUUAAGAAUACAAAGGCUGCUAGACCAAUCGUACAUUCCAGAAAAAACGACCGCUCUCAUAAAACUCGCACCUGUGUGGCCCACAGAACACCCAAGGCCAAAAAGAGUCGAAAUUUGAGAAAGAAAAAUUAUCUCAAUAGACUGAUGCUUGCAAACAGGCCGCCAUUCUCUGCAGCAAACAGCCUCAUAAAUUCCCCUUCACAAAGGGCUUUUUUGCCUUUAGUAGACCUGAGUCCUAAGGAAAAUCCUUUUCCUAAACUAUUUGAAGAACGUAUUACAGAGAACACGAAGGUAAAAGACACAACUGCAAGAAAUGCCUUUGAAGAAAACAUUUUUAUGGAAACCACUACUAUGCCAGAAGGCACCAUCUCUGAAAACACAAACUACAAUCCUCCUCCUGAGGCAGAUUCUGCUGGGAUUGCGUUCAACUUAGGGCCACCUGUUAAACAAACCGAUCCAACACAAUGGGAAUACAACAACGUGGGCACUGACCUGUUCCCCGAGCCCAAAAGCUUCAAUUAUCCAUUGCUCUCAUCCCCAGGUGAUCAGUUUGAAAUUCAGCUAACCGAGCAGCUACGAUCCCUCAUCCCCACCGAGGAUGUGAGAAGGUUUAUUUCUCAUGUUAUCCGGACCUUAAAGAUGGACUGCUCUGACACCCAUGUACAACUGACCUGUGCCAAGCUCAUCUCCAGGACAGGCCUCCUGAUGAAGCUUCUUAGUGAGCAGAAGGAAGUAAAGGCGUCCAAGGCAGAAUGGGAUACGGACCAAUGGAAAACUGAGAACUAUAUUAAUGAGAGCAUGGAAACCCGGAGUGAACAGAAAGAGCAGAAGUCGAGCGAGCUCAUGAAAGACUUUCCAGGAUAUGCUUUUGACUACAAAAUCAUCUUGGCAGUAUCUGUGACUGUAAUACUAACAAUUGUGGUUAUAAUUUUUUGUCUCAUUGAGGUAAGGAGUAAUUCAGGUUUUCAGAAUGCAGUCCUGUCUUUUUGUGGAUUCAGAGCUCACAAACUGAAAACCAAAGCCACUUCCCCACCUGCUGCUCUUGACAUUCUUUUUCAGUCCUUUAAGGCUGAGGUAUACUUUGUUCUUUUACUGCAGUGUAUAUUCCAGGAUUUUAAAGGAUCCUCAUUUCCAGGAGGUCUCUGUGAAAUGAAACCAAGUUAAUCCCACUAGACUAUUUUAAGAAGUUGAUAUAAUAGCAAAAUUUCUCCCACGUAAAACGAUGUCAACAAUUAGAUGUACUCACCAAGUCACCCCUUACUCUGCCACUAAUUUAUUUCCUUGUUGCUGAAAUGAUGAGAGACGUAUAAUCUCCACCCUCACGAAGUUGUCAUCACCCUGGAGAGGAAGGAGACAGCCAAUAGAGAGAACUAUUGUCUUGUAGACUUAUUAGAUUCACACAGUAUCAUCCUUUUCCAGUGUGUAAGGCAUUGUCUAAAUAGGUCCAGUUAAAGCACUACAGAGUAGCCAUUUAAAAAAAAAAUUGUUGGCCACAUUUUUAAGUUCACAGGGGAGGGGGAAUGUCUCAUACUCCAGCCCUCCUGAGCCUCGGCCCUCUGUGAGAUGUGUCACCAUUUCUUGGACACCAUGUGAGACAUUCCCCCUCGGAUCAGAGAUGCUCAACCUGCAUUAACAUGUCUAAAGCCUACAUCUGGCUACUCUGGGGCGAGUCCUGUUCACAGUGCCCAUUCCUGGAGCUUGCCUCUGUUUGCCUUUUGUUCGAUUACAUGAUGUAUUACUUUUCCCAAGAGGCCACUGCUAACAUAUUGGAAGAGUGAUUUAAUAAGCUGGCAACCUUGACGC